CCUCCCACCCGGCUGCUUGCCUCUAGGCCCGGCCGGCGCUCGGUUCUCGCGGCGCUCCGCCCCCUGCCCCUGGCUCCCGCACCUUGGACGGGAGAAGCCGGGUGAUCCGGAACGCGAGAAUUAAGGGGGUGGGAAGGUGUGAGCCGCAAACCCCGAGGAGGGCGGGAAGGAGGAGGAGGCCCCGUGGGGUGGUCAGGCGGCCUGGGGUCCCGCCGGCAGAGUCCCUCCGCCGCCGGACCGACGCGGGCUGAUUGUGGCGGCCUCGGGUCGGACACUUGGAGAGUGCGGCGCGGUGAGCGGAGCCAUGGCCUCGGGUGGGUAUAACCCAUGUAUAGAGAUCAUUGAACAGCCCAGGCAGAGGGGCAUGCGUUUUAGAUACAAAUGUGAAGGGCGAUCAGCAGGCAGCAUUCCAGGGGAGCACAGCACAGAGAACAACCGAACAUACCCAUCUAUCCAGAUUAUGAACUAUUACGGAAAGGGAAAAGUGAGAAUUACAUUAGUAACAAAGAACGACCCAUAUAAACCUCAUCCUCAUGAUUUAGUAGGAAAAGACUGCAGAGAUGGCUACUAUGAAGCAGAAUUUGGACAAGAACGCAGACCGUUGUUUUUUCAAAAUUUGGGUAUUCGUUGUGUAAAGAAAAAAGAAGUAAAAGAAGCUAUUGUUUCAAGAAUAAGGGCAGGAAUCAAUCCUUUCAAUGUCCCUGAACAGCAGCUGCUUGAUAUUGAAGAUUGCGACCUCAAUGUGGUGAGAUUAUGUUUUCAAGUUUUCCUCCCUGAUGAACAUGGUAAUUUGACAACGGCUCUACCUCCUGUUGUCUCUAACCCAAUUUAUGACAACCGUGCUCCUAAUACUGCAGAAUUAAGGAUUUGUCGUGUAAACAAGAACUGUGGAAGUGUCAGAGGUGGUGAUGAAAUAUUUCUACUAUGUGAUAAAGUUCAGAAAGAUGACAUAGAAGUUCGGUUUGUGUUGAACGAUUGGGAAGCAAAAGGUAUCUUUUCACAAGCUGAUGUACACCGUCAAGUAGCCAUUGUUUUUAAGACUCCACCAUAUUGCAGAGCGAUAACAGAACCAGUGACAGUAAAAAUGCAGUUGCGGAGACCUUCUGACCAGGAAGUUAGUGAAUCUAUGGAUUUUAGGUAUCUGCCAGAUGAAAAAGAUACUUAUGGCAAUAAAGCAAAGAAACAAAAAACAACUCUACUUUUCCAGAAACUGUGGCAAGACUGUGCAGUUAAUUUUCCUGAAAGACCUAGACCUGGUACCCUAGUAUCAACUGGAGAAGGAAGAUUCAUCAAAAAAGAAUCAGACUUUUCUCAUGGUGCAGUUUUGACAGAAAUGCCCAGGACUUCCGGUGUUUCAAGUCAAGCAGAUUCCUACUAUUCCUCACCUGUGUCCAUCUCAAAUGCACUGUCACAUCAUACUUCACCCAUACCUUCCAUGGUGUCUCAGGCUUCUUCCAGUUGGUCGUCAGGGGCCCACCCCACCCCGCGCACAGUCAGUACGAAUCCACUGAGUGAUUUUUCAACAGGGACACUUUCCUCUAAUCCACAAGGUAUCUCGCCAUAUCUGGAAAUGCCUCUUGAGCGUGAUUUGAAUGCCUCUAAUGCUUGUAUUUAUAACAAUUCGAAUGACAUAGGCAGAAUGGAAGCACCAUCCAUGUCACCAGCUGAUUUAUAUGGUAUUUCUGAUGGCAACAUGCUGCCGAAUUGCCCUAUGAAUAUGAUAACACCUAGUAAUGACAGCAUGAGGGAGACUGAUAAUCCGAGACUUGUGAGCAUGAAUCUCGAAAACCCUUCAUGUAAUUCAGUGUUAGACCCGAGAGACUUGAGACGGCUCCAUCAGAUGUCCUCUCCCAGCAUGCCGGCAGCCGCUGGCUCCAGUACGGCUGCGUUUGUUCCACAGCCGGAGGCAUUUGAGAGAUCUGACUUCAACUGCACAGAUAACAGUAUGAUGAAUGAGGCAGGACCAUCAAACGGUACUAAUCCAAACAGUCAUGGUUUUGUUCAUAGUCAGUAUUCUAGUAUUGGCGCUAUGCAGAAUGAGCAAUUAGGUGACUCAUUUGCAUUUGAUUUUUUUCAAGGUAACUUGUAAAACUUAAAUGGUUGUUUGGGUAUAUUGAAUUCAAAGCUGGAAAGUAUCAUAUAGGGGAAAUUCUGAAAUAGAAAUUUAAAAACUGUUUCUUCUUUUUGAAACAUGUGACCCGAUAACUGUGUGCCAUGGAAUUUCUGUCUUUAGAGUCCUACCCCAUUUUCCCAGUACAGAAUGAGGAGAAAAUGAGAGCAAGGCUCCAGUUCUUCAAAAUACACUUUUUUAUACUUCUUUUAUAUUGUAUUAAUGUAUUCUUAGUUAAAUGAAUUAACUGAUAUUUGCUUUUAAGCAAAUUUAAGGUAAAACCUGUAAUGACUGUGUCAUUAGAAAAAUGAUUUCCUUAUUAUUUUUGAGACCCAUAGGCCAAGGUGACCCCUAAGGGGUUUUCUGAGGCUUUUUGGAGUUUCUUAGAUUUAUAUAUAAGUCAAAAAUCUUUAAGAGUCUAACUUGGCAGGGGAUGCCUGGGUGGCUCAGCCAGUGAAGUGUCUGCCUUUGGCUCAGGUCAUGAUCCCAGGGACCGUGGGAUCCGGCUGCAUCAGGCUCCCUGCCCAGCAGGGAGUCUGCCUCUCCCUCUCCCUUCCCCACCCCUACUCGUGUGCACCUGCAUGCUCUCUCUCUCAAAUAAAUAAAGUCUUUAAAAAAAAAAUCUAACUUGGACAGAAGAGAGUGAAGUGAGCUUUCAAGGAAGGGGAAGUUCUCUACAUUUUGGACCAUUUUAAAUAGCUACCUUUAAAUCGCUUGUGAGUUUAGCUUUACACCCAUGUCUUUAAGGUGAAGAAGUUUCCGUAGGCCUGUCUUCUUUCUUGUGUUUCCUCACUCACUGUGAUCUCGUCCAAUUUUGUGCUCUUUGUUCGUAAAUUUUAUCCCUAGCUUAGACCUAGCCUCUGACCUCCAUACUUGGAGCUUACGCAUGUAUGUAAAACUACUUAUUUGAAAUCUCUACUUAGAAACCUAAUUAAUGAACAAAAAUCCAGCUCAGACUCAACAUAUCCAAAACUGAGUUCUUGAUCUUCCUCCUUGUGCCCUAUAGUCUCUUCUCUCCAAAGUAGCCAGAAUGAUUAUUUUUAAAACAAGUCAGAUUGUAUCAUUCAUCUGCUCAAAACCAUCCAGUGGCUCCCCAUUCCUACUCAGAGUAAAGACCAAAGUCCUGGGCGUCUGGGUGGCUCAGUUGGUUAAGCGACUGCUUUCGGCUCAGGUCAUGAUCCUGGAGUCCCGGGAUCAAGUCCCGCAUCGGGCUCCCUGCUUGGCAGGGAGCCUGCUUCUCCCUCUGACCCUCCCCCCUCUCAUGUGCUCUCUGUCUCUCUCAUUCUCUCUGUCUCAAAUAAAUAAAUAAAAUCUUAAAAAAAAAAAAAAGACCAAAGUCCUUAAAAUUGGCAGGCUCAUACUUCAUCUCCUAUUUCAUCUCUUACUGUUUUCUUCUCCUCAUUCAGCUCCAGGCACUCUGCCCUCAUAGUCUCUCUUCAAAACACCAAGUAUAUCCGUGCCUCAGACUCUUUGUACUUGGUGUCCCCUCUGCCUUGACUAUUUUUCUCUCAGAUACAUGCAUAGCUCACUUCUUAACAUCCUUCAGAUUCACUCAACUGUCACUGAUCAAGGCCUUCCUCAAGUCUAUACACAUCAGCACUCCAUGUCCUCUUUCCUUUCUGUUGGUCCAUAGCACUUACCAGGAUCUGACCUUUACUAAGCAUUUAUUUUUUACUUUUAUUUUUUCCCCUAUACUGGAAUAUAAGCUUCACAAAGGUAAAAAUUUCUGUGUUUUGUUUGUUGAAUCCUCAGUUUGUAGAAGAGGGUCUGCCUCAUUAUUAAGCAUUUGGUAAAUAUUUAUUGAAUGUUCAAAGUACUACUAGUAGAACUUUUUUUUGAAAGAAAGAACAGCUUUAAUUAGAUGUUUAUGAUUUUUAUAAUGUGACAUUGGGUUUAUGUCAGAAUCAUGCACCUUCAGGUCAAAGGAUUAAUAAUGGUAAUCCAAACCAUCUGAAAGCAAAGUAAUCCCAGCGGCAAAAUGAUGGUAGAAUUUAGGCAGUAAUCUUAGUUGUGAUGGAAUUGUCAUGAUGCUAAGUAACUGACUUACUGAAGACUUACUCUGUUUUACACAUAGAACCUGCCAUAAAUGUUAAGCAUGUUCUGAGCUAGAAACAGUGUGUCAUUUCAUUUACACAGUGUCCAACCAAACCAGUAAGUUUACUGGAACAAUCAAAAUGGGAAAUGUAUGAAUAUCAUGUAAAUAAAAAUUCUGAGUUGAAUGAUACUGGGAAAUGGGAAGGAGAGCAAGAUAAGACUUGGGGUUAGGAUAGUCUAGGAAGCAGAAGAAGAAAAAGAUUAAAAACACCUAAGUACCAUUAAUACUUCUCAGAAAUUAUUAUUUAAAAAUGAAACAUUUGUUAUAUAAUUUUAAAACCCGUAAGCAUAGGGCGCCUGGGUGGCUCAGUCGUUAAGCGUCUGCCUUCGGCUCAGGUCAUGAUCUCAAGGUCCUGGGAUCGAGCCCCACAUUGGGCUCCCUGCUCAGUGGAAAGCCUGCUUCUCCCUCUCCCACUUCCCCUGCUUGUGUUCCCUCUCUCGCUGUGUCUCUCUCUGUUAAAUAAAUAAAAUCUUAAAAAAAAAAACAACAAAAAAACCAUAAGCAUAUAACAUACUUUAGAAGAACUUACCAGGGAGAAUAAAAAAUGUGGAAGGCAUCAUUUCUUUUCUUUUCAAAAUAUGAAUGAACCCAGGAUAUCUCCAGAUAGUGGUUGAUAGGUGGUGAGCUUUUUUUAAAAAAAUACAGAAUCCUAUAAUUUUGUAUUAAUUAGCACUGGCCAGCUUAAACACAGACUGUUAGAAUAUCUAACUGGAUUUUUGUUCAUUAAAUAAGCAACUGACUUGUCUUCCAGGGUUGUUUUGUCCAGCCCUUCCCCAUGUAAGCUGAAUUAAGGUACUGCUACAUCUGUGUUUAGAGUAUUUCCAAUGGAUUUUUUCAUUUUUCAGGUACUACUUACUGAUCAUAGAAUUUAUUUUAUAACAUAAAAAGAAUAUGGCAACCUAUUUCUCAUCUAUCUCUAAAUAUAUUUACGUUUUCACAGUUUCCAAGGAAAAAGUGCCGCUCUGCCUUUCUAUACUCUACUCGCACCCUGGGCCCUGCUCUCUCUCACAUCUUGUUUCUGUAUCCUCACAUCACCAUUUAGUGGUGGUUUUCUUUGUAUAACUGUGAUAAACGUCUUCUCUAGCCUUAAAAAAAGGGAAACAACAAUCUUUCCUACUACCUUCAUGUUCCUUCCUUCACAUCCAGACUCAGGAAAUGCUUUCAGCUUCAAUUUCCUCAGCUCCCAGUCAUUCUUUGGCUUAUUAAUCUUUCACCUCCUACUGUUUUCUUUUUUUUGAGAGAGAGAGGCAUGGGGGCGGGUGGUAGGCAUGUGUACUCUCGAGGGUGGGAGGAAGAGCGGAGAGAGAGAGGGAGAGAGAGAGAAUAUUAAGCAGGCUGCAUUCUUUUUUCUUUUUUUUGAGAGAGAGAGGCACGGGGGCAGGUGGUAGGCAUGUGUACUCUCGAGGGUGGGAGGAAGAGCGGAGAGAGAGAGGGAGAGAGAGAAUAUUAAUGGUGAUAAUAAUGCCCAGUGCAGAGCCCGACCCAGGGUUCAUCUCACGACCCUGAGAUCAUGACCUGAGCCGAAAUCAAGAGUCAGACAUUUAACUGACUGAGCCACCCAGGUGCUCCCUCUGUUUUCUUAUGAUAUUCUAGGAAAAGUGACCAGAGACUUGUCAAAUCUAGUGUCUUUUUAUCAGUCCUUACUCUGCCUGACCUAUCCAUAACCUUCUUUCCUAUUGGCUACUCCCUUCUUGGAUACUCCUCCAAGCUUUCUGUGGUAGAUAAGAUUCCUCUCUGAGGUUGACUUUUUUCUAGAAUCUCAACCCCAGCCCUCAUUUGGUGCUAUUUUUUUUCCCUGGGUAACCUCAUCAGUGCCCAGUUUCAGCUUUCUCUCACGCUACCCAAAUGCCUUUAUAAACUGCCUCCCCCUUUUGCAUUCUCUACUUUCAUUAAUGGCAUUACCAUUUACCCUGCCACACCAGAUAUUAAUUGGAACGUUGAAUCAUGUUUUAUUCCUUUUCUCCUUUACUGUCCUUAGUUAUCAAGUCUUUUAAAUUCUGCCUCAUAAAAAUGUCUUGCAUUAGUCCCUCCUUCAUUCCUAGUGCUUCCUUAGUAUAGGCCUUCAUUCCUUUUCCCCCACAAGAAUCUUCAAUAUGCUCUGGUUAGAAAUAAUACCACAUUAUCCUUAAACCCUGCAACAAGCUGGCAUUGCUUAAAAUCUCUCUCAGGCUGCCAGGCCUUCAUGCCUUUGCCAUGUUGUCCACUCUGCCUCUGUUCUUUAUGCCCUUGCCAAUCUACUUACUCCUCAAAACUACUAUUCUGAUUUCUGUCAUCAGAACCUGCUAUCAUAAUGGUCUUUUAAAUUGGUAACUGGGUUUCUCUAACAGCUGGGCUGUCAGUUUUUAACCUAAUGUUUCAGGAAAAAAAAAAUGAGACUGUCCAUGUUAAGAGAGGCUUGGAAUUGGUGAUCCAGGCUGCCCAGUACCACCAAAUAAUUUGUUAUAUCAUACAUUGAUAUACUAGGGGAUUAAAGAAAUUGCCAUGUGAUGUUAAAUAGCAUGGAGAAAUGGAAAGAAUAGAGUUUUUUUUUUUUUUUUUUUUUUUAAGAUUUUUAUUUACUUAUUUGGCAGAGAGAGAGCACAAGCUGGGGGAGCGGCAGGAAGGGAGAGGGAUAAGGAGGUUUCCCGCUGAGCAGGGAGCCCAAUGCGGGGCUCGAUCUCAGAACCCUGAGAUCAUGACCUGAGCCAAAGGCAGACGCUUAACCGACUGAGCCACCCAGGCGCCCAAGAAUAGGGAUUUUUUUUUGUCAGGACAUCUGGGUUGAAUCUUCAGCUCUGCCACAUACUCGUUAUGUAAUAUGUAACAAACCAUGCCUUUUGUGGGCCUCUCUUCAGAUACAAAAUGCAGAUAAUACCCUGCUUACCUACCUCACAAGAUGUGUUGUAUUAAAUAAAAUGAUGCAUAAGAAACUGUAAAUAGUAUAGUGCUAAUCAAAUAUUAAUAAAUAUGUGUGUAAUCCUGUGGCCCUGAUUAAUCUCUAAGCCCAGAAACUCCUUCUGAUACAUGGCAGAGUGAGAAAAAUCGCUAUGGAUUAGAUUCUUUAGUAAGAACCCUGAGAUGGGUUUCUCUUUAGAGUGGCUGUCUGUUUUGCCCAGAUCUGAAGGCCCUUCUUUUGGCCUUACUCUUUUCAGAACCAGUUUCUAUUAUAUAGCAAAGAUAAGGUCGUUUAAUGACUUCAGUUCUGAAGUCCUAGGACCCUUAAUUUCUUUGCCAAAGUUGAUUAUGAAUUGGUAGUAAGACUGUCUUCCUAAAAGGGAACCUCAUCAUAGCUAAUGAAGUUGCCACUGAAGGAUUUCUGAUCUGUUUAGUUUUCAGGGGUUAAGUAUGAAAGGGGCAAAAUUAGGAUGCUUUUGGUAUCACAUAGAAUAAAAAAUAUCAUGCUAUUUAACAUUGUAAGGCCAGGAGUGGGCAACUAAUCAGAGAUAAAUGUAUGGUUUGUCUAUAUCCAAUUGUCUAAGACUCAGUCAAAUUAAUAGUUUAAUACAUCUUAGAAUUUAAAGCACAAACUUAAAAUCGGUGAAUAAGACUGAAUCUCAAAAGUAAUUAUAACUUUUCUCAUGCAUACAAAAGUAGAGAUCAAAAAGCCCCCAUUGUGUCCCCACUGCCAUCACUAAUAAAACACAGACGAAGUGUUUAAACAAUUAUUUCUUCUAAAGAUUUUCUAAGUAUUUUUCUAUUUUAAAUGUCUAUGGCUUUAGGAAAAAAUACCACCUGCUAGUAAUGACCUAUUUAAAGAGGGUGGAAUUUAUCAUUUGUCACUUAUCACUUGUUUCCAAAACUUCAGUGUACUACUGGACUUUUCAAAAAUGUAAAGAAUUUUAAAAUUUUCAUUAAACACCUAUGUGUGAGUAGUAAUACACAAUAAUUAGUAAAUGUUGGUGCUUCAGUAAAUCGAGUUUUCAGGGAUAUCAGCAGAGUAAAUAAAAAAAAGUUUUUGAUAAAAAUAAACAUCUUACCUAUUUUUCUUCUUUAUUAUCUAAUCAAAACAGUAUAGCUUUGCUUAAAAUGUAGUAAGAAAUAGGUAAGAUGGAGUAUUUGGGGAUCUGUGUCUAGAAGUCUCUCAGGAGGCUUCACUGGGGUCAUGGUUCAGACCAGAUGAAUCCUUCAGAGAUGACUUUAUGUUUUAAAAGAAUGUACUGAAAAAUACUGCUAACUGAUGAAUUCAGAACCCUACAGAAUGGCACUAUCCUGUUUUUUUACUGUGCUACAUAUUUUUUUUUUUUUUGGCAAAAUUUCUGGUAUUUAUUUAUUUUUUUAUUUUUAUUUUUUUUGAUAUUCAUUGACUUUUUUUUAUUCUUAUGUUAAUCCCCAUACAUUACAUAAUUAGUUUUAGAUGAAGUGUUCCAUGAUUCAUUGUUUGUGCAUAACACCCAGUGCUCCAUUCAGAAUGUGCCCUCCUCAAUACCCACCACCAGGCUAACCCAUCCUCCCACCCCCUCCCCUCCAGAACCCUGUUUGUUUUUCAGAGUCCAUCAUCUCUCAUGGUGUGCUACAUAUUUUUAUAUGCUUCUUAGUAACUGUAAUAAAUUUAGAGGUACUGAAAGGAGUUUUUUUAAAGUUCUCAAAUUAUUUAAUGUUAAAUGUGUUAAAAGGAUGCAAUCAUUUGUAAAGUGUCAAAAUCCUUUUUGUUGUACAUAAUAUUUUAUUACCUUUGUAAUAUCUUUGUAUACAGUGAUUUUUUUGUGUGGUAAUAUAAUAAAUGGAAAAACUAAAAUUCUUAAAAUUUUGUUGUGAUUUGACUUUAAAAAUACUGGUGAGAUUUUGUUAUUUAUAGCAUCCUCCUUGGGAAAGGUAGUUUGGUUGCUUAGAAACAUGCAUUUUUUGUAAAGCUAUAGCUGAAUAUACCUGAAUAUGUAACUGUCCUUUGAAAUUAUAAUUUUUGUAGAGUACUAAAAUGCAUUUUUAAAAGA